CACUCCACAGUCGGUGCAGGUAGCACGAGGUGAUCAAUGCAGCAGCCGUGAUGCAUAGGCCCCAUGGUCAACAGAGGCCACGGGACCGAGCCGGACCCGUGGAUGCUAGACCCGGAACUCCGAUACCAUAUCCAGAACUGCCCGUGUCCUUGUAACCACAUGGGAUAUGGCAAUUUCUUAGAUUACCAGAUUCCUCCAUGUCCGCGCCAACUGCCAGUCCAUCAAGAAACUUCUUUUAGUGCAGUGCCUAAUUACGUCCCGAAUAAUUUCUAUUACGAUUAUGAUUACGGAGCAUCCCUAGAAUCCUGCUCAUGCAGUACCGACAGUGAUUCAUCUAGAAGUUCAGUUUUUGGUCCCUGGUGCAUCUGCCUCGCGGUAUGUGUUAUAGUCGCGAUUGUAGCGGCUAGUUUAAGCCUUCCUUUUGCCUUAACUCCUGAGAUAAAACCCCAAACGUUAGAGGAACGCCUAGAAAUCGUCCAUCGUUUAUUGAAGAACGUUCCGUUAAUCGAUGGACACAAUGACUUGCCCUGGAACUUGCGUAAGUUUGUUCACAACAAGCUGUCCAAGCUAAAUCUCAGUGCCAUUGAAGAGCAAGAACCGUGGUCCAAAAGCCGUUGGUCCCAGACGGACAUUCCGCGACUAAAGCGGGGGCUUCUGGGGGCCCAGUUCUGGUCAGCCUACGUGCCUUGCAAAGCCCAGCAUCUCGAUGCGGUGCAAAUUACACUAGAACAAAUAGACGUUGUCAAGCGGCUGGUCGACAUCAACGCUCAGCAUUUCAGGCUGGUGCGAAGUUCCAGCGAGCUGCUCCAGGUGCACAAGGAGGGUCGCAUAGCCUCCCUGAUCGGGGUCGAGGGAGGACACGCCCUGGGCAACUCGCUGGCGGUCUUGAGGACCUUCUACAACCUGGGCGCCCGCUAUCUCACGAUCACGCAUUCAUGCGACACCCCCUGGGCGUGGGGAGCUAAUUCCCCAAGAUCAGAGGGAUUGACGGACUUCGGUAAAAGCGUGAUUAAAGAGAUGAACCGGCUGGGUAUGAUCAUCGACCUCUCCCACACUUCCAUAAGAACCGCUAUAGCCGCCAUCAACGCCUCCCACGCGCCAGUCAUCUUCUCCCAUUCUGGCGCCUAUUCUCUGUGCAACUCCUCGCGGAACGUGCCUGAUGACGUCCUCAAGCUGGUGGCACACAACGGAGGCAUUGUCAUGGUUAACUUUUACACGUAUUUGGUCACCUGUAACGAGAACGCCUCGAUGCACGAUGUCAUCAAACACAUUAACCACAUUAGGAGUGUGGCAGGAAUCGAUCACGUCGGCAUCGGGGCCGGUUACGAUGGCAUCAAUAUGACUCCGGUAGGUCUGGAAGAUGUAUCAAGGUAUCCCCAUCUGCUAGCUGAACUUCUUGCGGAUCCAGUCUGGAGCGAGGAGGACAUAUCGCUGCUGGCUGGUCUUAAUUUUUUGAGGGUAUUCGAGAAAGUUGAACAAAUUAGAGAUAAAUGGAAGUUGGCAGAAAUGUUACCUACAGAAGAUACAGCUCCUUACUUACCCUCACAAUGUACCUCCAUUUAUUCUUGACCUCUGUACCGAUUGAUACACAUAGUGCGACUCAAUUUCAUAUUAUUCAUUUACGAGAAUUUAAUUACCUAAUGGCGAUAUCAUACUUAAUUUAGCGUUGUAUGUUAUUAUUAUUUUAGCCAUCACAUGUCUUUUGCACAUAGUAAUUAUGACAAUAACUUUUGGUUGUAACAACGGUGCCGUCUAACCAUUAUUCCAAAUUACAAACACAAUGGAAUAACAUGUCUUUAAAUGAUAGAUGUUUUUAAAAAUCACACAAGAUACUCUGUAACAUGUUAUUAGUCAGUAAUUUAAUUCCGAUAUUUCACAGAAAAUAGCUUUAGAAGAUUAGAAAAAAUUGCCAUAGUAAGACAAAAUAUGUACUAAAAAUGACAAAAAUGUCUCUUACAUGAAGUAGAAGGCGAGGAAAAUAAUUUAAACAUAAACUGAGAAAUAAGAACAUUGGUGGUUAAUGUAAAUUUUUACUGUCUGAACAUAAAAAAAUCAAGUCAAUGAAUUCAAAUUCUUAAGAGAAUUUAACUGCAAUAAUUUUUUUAUUCGAAAUACACAAUACAACGAUAAUAUUUGUUCAAGGAAUUUUUGAACGUAUUUUCUGAAAUAAUAUUGCAUUUUGAGAUUUUUAAUCAGUCCCCAAAAUGUUUACGUUACUAAUAACAGAUUUAUUAAUAACACAAUCCUUAUAAUGUGGCUCUUUAACACCUUAAAAUCAGACUCGAAAUUUACUAACAAAGUGGGAGACGUCCGGCAAAACCAGUGUCCUGUAUAUUCCUUAAUGGAUCGUAAGUAUAAGUAAGCAGCUAAUUCUUGAGGCAUAAUACCAAAUUUAUGUAUUGGUUACUUUUCACCUUUGCCAUGGCUGUAUUUACAAAAGAAUAUGUAAAUACUAAAGUCUAAAGACCUUAGAGGUACAUAUUUUCUAGAUACGUCUAAAUGCUCGUUCACGAGGAAAAACUUUGAUGCUUUUCCUUUGAUAUCAGGCAAAAUUAUUGGUAGUUUUAAAUAUUGGUUUAUAUCGACGUUAUUGUUGAUAUUCAUCACAAUGUAGACGACUUCAUUUUGCUAGAUAAUCCAAAAAAUACGCCAUUGAUACAGUUGGUAAAUAUAUUGUUGCAUUAUAGCAUUAUGUUUUAAUCUUAUACUUCUUAGAUUUUCCUAAAAUGACUACAAGCAUCCACUGGCCUACAACUUCACUAAAUGUUUUCUUCGUAUUUAUAAAUGCAACAUAACUUAUUUCAUUUUUUUUUCUACUGCAAUAAGGAAACAACAUAAUUAUAUUUCAUUUUGUAGAUUCUUCAUUCUAUAAUUUAUUUCCGUUUCAAGUAAAUACUAAUUUUGAAGCAAUUUUAACUAGUCAUUUAACAUGAAGUGCCUUAUACCGAAUUCCUCCCUUAACAUUUAUUUGUAUAAUUUAAAUCUGCUUUGCUAAACAACGAAGUUGUACAAACUACAUCUAAAACUAUCCAAAACUUGUGCUGCUGACAAUUUUUAUAAAAUUGCCCUUAAUUUCCUUUUCGUAUACUUAUUUGAAUUAUAUGCGGCUAAAGUUUAUAAAUUGUCACAAAGGGAAUACACCAUUUUAUAAAAUCACUUUUCGUAAAACUACUUAUUUAUUUUGUAAACCAACUACAUAUAUUUAAGUUUAACUGUAACACAUUCCAGUUGGUCAAUUUCACUCGUAAUUUCAUUUAUGGUCACAGAAAAAAUAAAACAGUUUUUAAGCAAUUAUUCGAAACUAUUUAAUUCAUUGUCAGUUUAAUUUAUCUUAAUUGAAAAAAUAUUCGUAAUAAGGAGUAUUAUAUACAAAAAAAAUAAUCUCUAAUGAAAUGGUAUUGAAGUGGAAAGCCUAGUACAGAAAUAUUUCAUAAACUGUGGAAUUAACUACCUCAAUAAAAAAAAACUUAAAAUAAUUUACAACCAAAAAAAAACAAAUCAAGUAAAACCCGGAAUUGAGAAGGAUUUAAGUGUUCUUUUAAAUGGUUGUCGAAUAAUUAUUAUUAAUGACAAUCACUUGACAGUUUUGAAAGAUUAUUUUUUUACGUUUUCCCAACUGUUUCCAUGGCGUUGAAAUUUUUAAAUUUAGAACUAAUUGUGCAUGUACGGUAGAACGUCCGAAAUCAAAACGUUCUUAACUUUUGCACAAAUAAUAUUAAUAACAUCUUGAUAUAACUUUUUUAAGUUUGAAUCUUGUAGAGUGAAAACAUUUUGGGAAGAACACUCACACCAAUGAAACGUCGCAGUAGCCGUAAAAAUGUCUGAACGAGUCCACUUGCGAAUUUAGGGGGAGGAAACUGCAUUGAUCAUUCCGUUCAACAUCCUGUUUUGUGGUUCCUUUGUAGCUCAACCUAACGGUGUUGCGUUUCGUCUUUUCGUAGUUCAUGAGUGCUUUUCGUACUUUGUUCAAACGAGCAUAAUAAAUGUUAAUAUCUAUAAAAGUAUCUAGGUAUAUGAAAAUAUAUUUUUUAGAAUGAUCCUAUUUCAAAACACAAAUAAUACACCACUGGCCAUUGCCUAAGUGACAGAUCGUGAUGAUUCAGUAUGUUCUUUUUAUAGUAUUUUCACUGUACGUGACUUUUUAUUGUGUUUAAAAUAGCGACCAAAGUGAUGACCAUAGUCCACUUCAGGUGAAAAUUUUCGAUCACUCGGUACUAUUUUUUAUUACUGUAAGUUUUGAAGAUCAUCCAACCAACUCCACCAAGUAGACUUUAGGAAUGAAUGACUUUCGAGUAGCAUUUAUUGCUAAUUAAAAUAUAACUACACGAAAAGCAAUAACUUCAUUGACUGAAAAGCUACCACUUUUAGGUAAAUACGUGAUAAGCAACCAAUGGUAUUGUUACAAAUUAUUCGGGUUCUAAAUUUUGUGCAGAAAUUUUUAAAUCGACUUAGGUAAUUAAAUUCUUUCAAAUAAAGGUUGCCAUUAAACUAAUACCUGCAGAUGUAAUUUAUAUUAUAAAUGUAUCGUUCAGAACAUGACGACCUACUAUAUUUUGAAAUCUUCGAAUAUUAUUAAAAAAAUGAAUAAAUUAUAGUGGUUCGUCUAAUUCUGUUAUUUUAUUAGAUAUUUUAUUUACUAAAAAUUGAUACUGCAUAUUUUAAUAUUAAUGUACACUAUAUAACAAAAUUAGUGACACUUGUAGUAUGAAAACCAACACUUCCAGACAAUUCACCUUAUUUUGAAAAGGACUAUAAAUAGUUAAUCAAUAUGGAAACGGUUGCGGAACACGCUUGACAGACCUCGAGAAUUGUGUUCAAGUAUAGUGGCUGGCUCUAAAUCAAAACCCUACAUGUGUCAUUAAUAUUCUUGUAUACAAAGUACCGAUUUUAUCUGUAUUUUGUAAUAAUUAUUAUUAUAACUCGUAACACUGCCAUUAAAUUUAUCAUUGCAUACAAUAUUAUUAUAUAAAAUUUACAAUAUUUUAAGAGAUUUGACUUGUUUGUCAAGGGAAAAAUUUUGGCAGAAAAAUAGUGAAUUAUAAUUAAUUAGUGACUAUCGAGUACCUAUCAAAAUAUACAUAAAGUCAAAAAUUUACAAAUUAAGCACGAAACUUUUAAGAUAAAAUAGACACCUACAUAUUUAAUAAUAUUCACAUAGAAAUUUUCGAUGCAUGACAUAAUAAAUAAUAGAACUAGAUAUUACAGCUACAUAAAUCCUUUAUAGAAUUUUUUCAUGUAUCUAUUUUAACUAAUAAAUACUGUACGGGGUGAAAUCUAAAUAUGUAUAAUACAUUCAUACUAAGUGCACAUUGGCCACACUAGAUACUAUGGUACACCAAAAUUAAAAUGACCGAGGUAACUUUUAAAACAGCAAUAAAAAUAUGAACUUCUGUGAGAUAAUAUUUCUUACUAGAGUAUUUCAGGAUAAACAUCUGGGUAGGAUCGAGCUGAAAACGAGACAAGCUGCAUUGAAAAAAUGGCCAACUGGAAAAGUCCGAGCCGUCUUACACGUGGAAGUACGAUAGCGUUAUCCUUCCACGAUAUUUCGUAAUCGUGAUCUAAAUAAUCGGAGAAUACAUAUUAUUUAAGAGAACUUGAUAUUUUUGUUGUAAUCGUAAUACUUGUUUAAAAACGUUUCCCUGGCCACUUUAGCAUUUUUGUACUACAACUUAGGCAUGUGAUUUUAUACAGUUAUUUUAUAAACCUAAACAAAAAAUAAUCUUGUUCAUAAUUAUAAAGGAUAUUAUAGAUAAACUAUAUUUUUAAACUAUAAACACCAUCUCACUAUAAAACAAAACUAUAUCGAUAACAAUAAAUCUGUUAAAGUUUUGUGCUCCCGUUCCGGAUUUAAUAACAAUUUACCCUUUGCCAAAAUAUUUUAAAUUGUUAUUAAAUACAGUGUAUUUACGUUUCGCUACACUAUACAAAGUAAUAGGAAAAAAUUGAUGUGUCUAGUUUUCAUAAUCAAUAUAAGAAUUCUCUUAGGACUUAACGCAUUCUUUCGUAAGUUAUGCAAAUAAUAGAAUUUAUUUUAUUAUAUUAGUGUACUAAAUCAAAAUUAAAGUUUAUUUUAUGAUACAUUGUAGAUGUUAAUGCAGACGCAUAUUUUUAUUGUAUUUCAAAGUUUAUAGACAUUUAGUUAUAUCUGA